AUGCGGACGGACAACGCUGAACGUUUAACCAAACUAUGGUCGUCUCUCAUUGCCUCUGCCAAUGAAACCCAUGCCAUAUUGCUAGAGGACAUGUCCUCAGAAAAUCGAGUGGCUCUUCACAAACACGUGAUUCAGGCAAUAAAGCACUGCUCGGAAGAGGCCAACGUCAUGCUAAUAGACCCUGGUGUCUGUAUACCCAUAAAUAACGCGCCGCCAGUGCAGUGCCCCGUCGACGCGCCUAAACUGUCCUGCUCUUUGCGCAAUAAUACCCUAUUAUUGGUGAGUGUUUCACCUAUUGAGUACGCGGAUUAUGUGGCAGACAGCAACUUCUGCUCCGUCGAACGCGCAUUGCAACUGAAGUGGGUGGGUGCAAAUUGUCCAUCUCACGCGCAACCCUUCUUGCUCCCGUUUGUGUGUAGGGAAAGGUCCUGGGUGCACGUUGAGUCCACAAAGGGAGUCCGCUUCACAACUGCCGCUUUGCUUGGUCUAAUGACAAAACUCCUUCGCGCGGUGACGACGAAAAGGCCUUGUGUCGGUUUAGUUAUUGUUCAGAGACACAAAAUUAAUUUCCUGCGCGAGAAACUUAUGCGAAUAAACCCUGCCUUUUCUGUCGAAUAUGUGGAUGCUCUGUGGACUGCAUCUUGUGUAUCUUCAAUGCAGAAACUUAUUCUCUGUGAAGUGGGGGAUGCUUCACGUGUGCUCGCCGCGCUUCCUGAGGGGCACGUUAACCACCUUGUUGUGGGGGGUGUACAUUUGAUUGAUGCUAGUCUGUGGAGAAAUCCGGCUUUACGGGGGAUAACGGACAUGGUGUCCUCUGGCGAAGCAGUGACGCCGCCUUUGUCAUCUCCACGUGAUGACGACGUGACGGUUCACAUUACCUGCCAUGUACGUGAGUGGAAGAUACGCCAUGUGGAAGGGACCAUUGAGGCAGAUGUCAAAGCAUACAUCGAUGAGAAGGGGUUUUCCGGGAAGGUAUUGGUCUGCGCACCGGACAACGUCCUUGUAGAGAGGCGGUCGUCGAUGUGUCUCAUCAUGCAGGUUAACCGAAUUGGGCUCAUCCCUCCGGGGCAUGAGUGUGUGAUGCUGUGUGAUCCUCCACUGACGCCGCAGGAGCUGGCACGGCUUCCGAAGCUGCUAGAUGAUAUAGUCACCAACGAAGUUGUUGUUUUUUUGCGCCCGGAAUAUUGUUUUCGGUAUGCUCUCAUGUCUGCAAUUUAUUCCAUUUGCGAUGGUCCGACAAGCUAA